GAGGAGGAUGAAGUUUUUAUGAAGGACAAGGAAAACCACAGUGAGGAGGAGAUGGCUGUGGUAGCAGGAGGACAGGGCAGGAUGAUGGAGGAGGGUGAAGCAGCCACAGGAGGAUAUGAAGAUGUCCUUGCGCAGAGGCACUCCGACAUCUCCACUGAUGUGUACAGCUCACAGUUUGAAAACAUCCUAGACAAUGCAUCUUUAUACUACAGUGCGGAGUCGCUGGAGACAUUGUACUCGGAGCCUGAUAGCUUCUUCAGCUUCGAGAUGCCACUCACUCCCAUGAUCCAGCAGCGCAUGAAGGAAGGCGGCCAGUUUUUAGAUCGGACGUCAGUCCUGGGGCAGCCAGAUGUCCUGCAGCUUCCCCCCGACGGGGAGGUGAAGGGCUGUGGAGAAGGCAUGGCCAAUGGCUUGAGGGAUGUAGGUGAAACGCUCUUCAGAGGAGAUGUCACAGAAGUCCCUCGUCUGGAAAGCAAUGCUGAACUGCAGAAUAUGGUGUUAGACUCCAGUGCUGCCAUGGGGAGCACUGAACUUCAGGAGAAAGCUGCCAGUGGAGCCCUGGGCCAUGAUCUCAGCAAUGGCAGCAGCAGCAAUUUGGAAGCAGCCAGGCGCCUGGCAAAGCGCCUCUACCACCUGGACAGAUUCAAACGCUCUGAUGUGGCAAAGCAUUUGGGCAAAAACAACGAAUUCAGCAAGCUUGUGGCCGAAGAAUACCUGAAGUUUUUCGACUUCACAGGCAUGACACUGGACUAUUCGCUCAGGAGUUUCUUUAAAGCCUUUUCACUUAUUGGAGAAACUCAGGAACGAGAAAGAGUUUUGAUCCACUUCUCCAGCAGAUACUACCAGUGCAACCCAAACACCAUUUCUUCUCAAGAUGGAAUUCACUGUCUCACGUGUGCCAUGAUGCUGCUGAACACAGACCUGCAUGGCCACAACAUUGGGAAAAAGAUGACCUGCCAGGAAUUUGUUGCCAACCUCCAGGGAAUGAACGAUGGCAAAGACUUUCCAAAAGGACUGCUGAAGGCUCUCUACAAUUCAAUCAAGAAUGAGAAGCUGGAAUGGGCAGUGGAUGAUGAAGAGAAAAAAAAGUCUCACUCAGAUGGUACAGAUGAAAAGGAUAAUGGGAGCCAGACGAAGGCUGUCAGUCGAAUUGGCAACUCAAAUAACCCAUUCCUGGACAUCCCUCAUGACCCCAAUGCUGCUGUGUAUAAAACUGGAUUCCUGGCUCGGAAAAGCCAUGCAGAUAUGGACGGAAAGAAAACUCCCCGGGGAAAGCGAGGCUGGAAAACCUUUUAUGCUGUGCUGAAGGGAACAGUCCUGUACUUGCAGAAGGAUGAAUAUAAGCCAGAAAAGGCUUUGUCAGAGGAAGAUCUGAAGAAUGCAGUUAGUGUGCAUCAUGCGCUGGCAUCCAAGGCAACAGACUAUGAGAAGAAACCCAAUGUCCUCAAGCUUAAAACAGCAGAUUGGAGGGUCCUGCUUUUCCAAGCCCAGAACCAAGAAGAAAUGCAGACCUGGAUCAACAAGAUUAACUGUGUGGCUGCUGUCUUCUCUGCACCACCAUUUCCAGCAGCCAUUGGAUCUCAGAAGAAGUUCAGUCGACCACUUCUGCCAGCCACCACAACAAAGCUAUCUCAGGAUGAACAGCUAAAGUCCCAUGAAGCUAAGCUGAAGCAGAUCUCUACUGAGCUUGCUGAACAUCGCUCCUAUCCUCCUGACAAGAAGCUCAAAGGCAAGGAAGUAGAUGAUUACAAACUGAAGGACCACUAUCUGGAGUUUGAGAAAAAUCGCUAUGAGAUUUACGUUGGCCUCCUGAAAGAAGGGGUGAAGGACCUGCUGAGCAGCGGAGAGAACGAUGCACCAGGAUUGAAGAAAUCUCACUCGAGUCCCUCAUUGAAUCAGGAGUCUCCAGUUAGUGCCAAGGUGAAACGCAAUGUCUCGGAGAGGAAGGACUACAGGCCAGAAACACCCAGCAUCAAGCAGAAGAUCACUUAG